AUGGACCGCAGAGCCUUGGAUCCGAAUCUGCAGAAAACACACUAUGCCGUGGAUACGAGCAGCCGUAAACGAGCUAAGAAAGGCGGGUGCCCUUUCGUGAGACACUCCAAUGAAAGUGAAGAGCUCACGCUACAGAGAUACAACUUGUAUCAGAGGGUGUGGAGCCACCAGCUUGGAGCCAUUCAGAGUAUUCUAAACUCGGCCAAUGAUCGUUUUUUUGCUGAUCUCAUACAAUUCGUGGAGGACCCGCUCCCAGAGAAGCUAGCGACGGCGUUUUUGGCCCUCAGCUCGAAUACGGCUAACAACUUGAGGACCCUUGAUGAGUUUGCAAGCCAUUUGUUCAGUCAGGGCAAAAACCCACACGUCAGGUUGGUCACUCUCGAUUCCAAAGAAUGCCCUCACAUCAAGGCUGCCAUGAGAGAGGUGGUAAAGCAGGUUCUUGAGCCUAAACUGCGUUUACAGGAGGAACCUGUCAUGGGCUUUGACGAAGAGGAAGCUGAACCCACACCAGAAGUCGAAGACGAUACCAUUGACGGAGAUGGCUUUGAAGGCAGAAUCUCCUAUGACUUUGAGAUUGUCGAGGACUGGAUUGACGCGUACAAAAAGAAGAACAACUGUGGAGACCAGUGUCGUAUUGUUGUCGUGUUGCAAGAUAGUGAUGCAUUCGCCAGCGAGGUACUCAACCAGCUUGUACACCUACUCAGUGUCUACUCAAAGCAGGUGCCUAUAAAGCUUGUCAUGGCGCUUAGCUCAAAGGGUAUAAGUGAUUGGAUCAACAGCAACUUCACAGCUCGAGUGAGAACGCUCAUUUCGGCGACUAAGUUGGAGGCAAGGAACAAUAAGGACAUUUGUUUUCAAGUUAUCGACGACACAUUGCUUAGGAAUGAAAUUACACCUGAAAAUCCCCUUCUACUUGAUGCCCAGCUCUCGCUGAUUGUGUUGAAUCGUUUUGAGAACUCCAAUAAUUCCAUCGAUGCACUCAUUACCGAAUUCAAACUCACCUACAUGAUUCAUUUCUAUCAGCUGCCACUUUCCAUAAUGGUUGAUCACACCUUCGUUCCUCAAAGGUCCCACUUCGCCGCGCUUCGAAAGCUCCCUUCUUUCAAAACACACAUCGAGUUCCUUCUACAUAGCUACCAUAACGCCAAAAAGGAGAAGGAUGACGACGAUGCUGAGGAGCUACUGUCAAAGAUCAAAGGUCUUCUCCACGAUGACGAGGCAGUAUUUGAGCUAUUUAAGAAUGCAAGAGUGCAACUUCAAAAAUAUCAAAACUCCGUCAUGAACGCAAUUCAUUUGAUUCAUUUCCUCAGUGACGCUGAGAAGCAAAAGUUCCAGCUUUACAAGCUUGUCACCAAUAAUCAGCUCAUAAACUCGUCCUAUUUGAGCGAUGUGUUGAAGAAAGUCAGAAACUUUGACUACGCACAGAUUGAACGAGUACAUCAUUUUUUGCAUAGUGACACAAUAAAGCUAACGCUUGAUAAUGUGGCUGACGAGGAUACUCUUGGUCUCAAGCGGGCAUUGAGUAAGCCCAAUGUCACGGCAAGUCAGCUUCUCAGCUUGCUCACCAAUUAUCUACAUGACAAUCCAGCUUUGAACAUGAAAAUCAGCGAUAAUCUUUUCAAUGAGGUCUUGACAGUCACAGGAGGCAUAAGCGAAAUGGACAAAAUUCGCCCACGGGUAUCAAUAGAGGAAAGUUACGAGAAUCUCAUGAUCAAGCUCAUUCGACCACGGCUGAAGGAGACAAUCGAGGUAGCUUUAGACGAGCCACAGCAAUUUUUGAAAAACGAAUUGAUAGUGGAAGAGGUGGGAUCAAAGCACAGAUCGUCGAAGGUCCUAGGGCCACUUCUAACCAGGUUGUAUCAUGUGUACAAGGAUGCUCCUGUGAACAUAAAUAUUUGGGAUUUCUUUGUUGCUUUCAAACUGUCAAUUUCGAGGAAGGACUUGUUGAGCGAAUUUCACCUCCAGAUCAAAAACUACCAUGGUGAAUUCGCCAAAGAAAUGAAAACGAUCAUGAGCGAGGUCGAGAAGGACGAAACACAAUGGGAUAGACUAGUUUACGCAUGGUUCAUCCAAAGCAGCGCAGAGCUAGCAUCGAUGGGGUUCCUUCGUGAGAAAGCCAAGGGCGACUACGUUGAAAAGUUGAUCUGGAAAGAUUUGUAA